GCCAUGUUGAUCAAGGUCAAAACACUUACUGGAAAAGAGAUCGAGAUUGAUAUUGAGCCCACUGACAAGGUUGCUCGUAUCAAGGAGCGAGUUGAGGAAAAGGAAGGUAUUCCACCACCACAGCAACGUCUCAUUUUCGGUGGCAAGCAAAUGGUUGACGAUAAGACGGCCCAAGAUUACAGUAUCGAGGGAGGCAGCGUACUCCAUCUUGUUCUCGCACUUCGUGGAGGACUCUAGGCUCAUGAUACAUUAUGCCAUCUCAAUAAUAAACCUGCCCAAAACUAUGUUUGCCUCUAACCCCUUUGUCAUUGCAAGUUUGUAAAGUAAUCAACCACCAAUUUGACCAAACAAUAAUAAAAACAGUAAUAUCUGUG